AUGAGGGAAUUGCUUGAGCUUGGUGAUAGAAUUGGAUAUGUGAAUACUGGACUGAAAGAAGAUGAGAUAUACCCCGCUGAAAUGGAAUGGAAGUGCACCAUUUGUCAAGAGGACUAUGAAGCCGAGGAUGAGGUUGGGAAGCUGGAAUGUGGACACUUCUAUCAUAUUCACUGCAUAAAGAAGUGGCUUCUGCAAAAGAAUGCAUGCCCUAUCUGUAAAACAUCGGCAGCAACUCAAGAAUGA